UGUGACAACUGAGUAAGGAGAUUUUGAAACUGAUUGACAGUUCACAAUAAGUAAAUUGCAAUGUGCUAAUCCGUUAUGUUAAUUGGAUGCUAAAAAUUUGAUCAGGUGCCCUUUUGAGAUAACGGCAGUUUCUCGGUAGCUUGAAAUAAUAAGAGAUUAUAUUUGUGGUGUCCGUACAAAACAAGUUUUACCAAACAGAAUACCACAGCAGUAGCAAAGUACUUCAUUAAGUAAAUACCCGAACAAAACACCUUCUUAAAGUCUUAUGCAUUAAUCUAAUUCCUUCCUCAGGCUUAAGGUAAAAGACACCAUUCUCCUCCUAAAUCCUUUUUAUUCAAGCCAGUUUGCGGUAUAUUGAUAUCCAUGUUAUAAUGUACCUAUCGGCUUUUUUACUUAGUAAAAAGAUUUAUACGGUUUUGCACAAGAGGCUUUCAACAGUAUUUAUUGAGACCCUGAAGAUUACAGGGUAUAAUUUUAUGCUUAAUCAUUUCUAGGAAUUCUUCAGUCCCACCCUUCGGACCAGUCGGUCUAUCCUUUGUGACUGCUUUGUACCACCACCGACUGGCCCUCACCUAAUAUUCCCUAACCGCCUUAUAAGAGUUUUAUUAAAAAUUUUCGGCUCAUUCGGUCUUCGGUGCUCCUACAAGCAACAAUUCGAAAAAAUGGAGCUCUAUAGGUUUGUGGUGUUUGUGAUAGCGGGUGUUCACAGUUUGGAUUUAAGUGCUAUGUUUGAUAUGAAAAAUCUUUUUCAAUUAUCGGGCGUCUCUUCACGGUUAAUCCAGAGCAUUGCAAUCGGCACCCAAAUGGCCGUAGAACAUUGUCAAAAGGAAUUUAAAUGGGACAAAUGGAACUGUCCUGAGAGCGCAUUCAAAAGCUCGUCAAUGGACCAGACUAAAGAGGCUGCUUACAUUAACGCAAUUAUGGUUUCGGGAAUCGCUCACGCAAUCACCAAGAAUUGUUCCAGGGGUGAAAUCAAAGCUUGUAAAUGUAACCCGAAGCCCCAAAACCUUAAAUUGGACAGCAACAUGCCCGUAGAACAUGUUGGUAAAGCCAAGAACCAACACAUCAAUGCUGAAGAAGUUGAGUGGACCUGGGGAGGAUGUUCCGACGAUACCACUUACGGCAUCGAGUUUACGAAGUACAUCUUCAACAAAACCAGCCAAGAAAACGCUGUUAAAAGUCACAACUACGAAAUCGGCAGACAAGUUUUGCAAGAGUCAAUGAUAAAGAAGUGCAGAUGUCACGGCGUUUCCGGCAGUUGUUCCUUGCAAACCUGUUGGGUGCAAAUCGCACCGUUCCAUGUCAUCUCCUCAAAACUCAAGGAAAAGUACGGCAAAGCCCUGCACAUCAAAGAACAACAAUUGACCCAUGAGGAAAACAACAACACGGUACAAGAAAUUGAAAACCCCCACAAGAAAAACAGCCUGAUUUACUUGGAACAAUCACCCGACUAUUGUCAAGCGAACUCGACGACCGGCUGGGUUGGAACUAAGGGACGAUCCUGCUCCAGAAUAUUGGAAAAAGGCACCAGUUUGGCGGAAAAGAGGAGUUGCAGACAUCUGUGUAGAUCCUGCGGAUUGAAAGUACGCAAACGUGUCAGGAAAGUUGUGAGCAGGUGCAACUGUUCAUUCGCCUGGUGCUGCGAAGUCAAAUGCGAAACUUGCGAGCAGUUAGUACCCGAGUACGUUUGCGAAUGAGAACUAAAUAUUUAAACAAAUAUUAUAAUGAAAUUUGUUUGACUGAGAAUUGUGAUAUUUGUACUAUUUAGAUUAGGGUUGUGUAUAAAUUAUUAUAUUUAUGAUUAGUUGUAAAUAUCGUUGUACUGUAAUAACUAUUUAAAGUUUAGA